CACACACACACACACAUCACCUUCAUCCUGCCCAAACUUAUGUAUGCCUCACCAGUGUGGUCUUCCUCCCUCACCUGCACUCAACAGCAACAACUGGAAAAUGUCCAAAAAAGGGCCUGCAGAAUCAUACUUGGCCCCGCCUACACUGCCUUUGAUCACGCACUAUCUAUCCUCGAUCUCCCCACACUGGCAACCUGACACCAAGCGGGCCUCGUCAAGAUGGGUAGAGGCCUGCUGCGCCACUCACGGUUACGACAUCUCCUCCCCCCUGACGCGCCCCAGCCAAUCCACACGACACACAAACGUGGUCAUACCACUCAAGGCCCCCAAGAACUGACCGUUAUCGUCAUAGUGCUAUCCCCUCCAUGGUGCGAGCCAUAAAUAGGUGACUGAAAUGACGAAGAUGACUGUCAUCUGGAUAUUGGUUUGUGCAAGCGUCUUCGCUAUAACAAGGACACAGUUAACUUACACUAUGAGAGAGCAACCGAGCGCCUGUGUUCCCAUGAUGGGUCUGACCUAUAAUUUUCGCACUACAUCCUCUGUGCUGUGUGGUAUGCUGUGUGGUGAGAAGAGGGCAGUGAAGUACACCUUUAACAAUAUAACCAACAAAUGUAUUCUGUACGGAGAAGGUUAUGCCGCUGCCUCCUCCACAAACACCUUACAUUUGUUCCCGUCACCAAACUCCCUGGAGGAUGUGGCCACGGGGAAGGCAGCCUCCGCAAGCAGCUUAUUACAGUCGUUAUACUUGUACAACCCGUCCAUGGCCGUAGACAACCUCGAGACGGAUGAUAGCACCAUUUUCCACUCAGACAUGAAUGAUUUACUUCCCUGGUGGCUCCUGGACCUUGGCGAGUCCCGAAUGAUUCAUGAAGUCCAAAUCCUUCCUCGCCGUGAUUGCUGCGAGUACAGGUUCCACGAUGUUGAGAUUCGCAUAGGAGACGUGCAGCCAACUAAUGGUGACUUUUCAUCCUUCACUCUGUUCUCCACGUACAAGGGUCCUUACUCCUCCACUCUUGGCAGACUUUCAUGCGCCAGGAGUGAUGGGCUCAGCGGCAGGUUCGUCGUCAUCAUGAAGGUGGAAGUGAUAUCAGGUAGUGAGUAUCUCCAGAUGGCUGACGUCAACGUCUUUGUUCAGAAGUAG